UUCAGGUCCCAAAAGGCUAUAAAAGUCAGAGGAUCUUGGACGAACAUGAGGAACACAUCAGCUCUCCACAGAUGACAACAUCCACUUCAGAAUUGGAUGAAAAAUUAUACUGGACGAAAGGAACUGCUGAAAUAGAUGAAGGAAACAGAGGCGAUGGAAACGAGGUGCAACUAAAGGAGCUAAAAAUAACUAAAGAAAACAGUAAGAGAAUAUAUGAGGAAGAGGAAGAGUCAGCUAACAAUCUGGUCAAGUCUCUAGAAAGUUCAUUGAAAGAAAAAGAGCAUGAGGUGAAACAGGAGCAGCAGAGAAACAGAGAGCUGGAUGCCAAAUUUAAGAAUCUACUCCAGGAGAAAGAAAAUAUUGAAGCUCAGCUUCAAAAAAUACUUGAUAAUCAUUACACAGAGAAGUCAGAGUUGAGUUCUAAGAUUAAAAGUCUUCAAGAAGAGAAAAAAAAACUCAAAGAUGUCAAAGAGCAAAACAAACAAUGUGAACAUUUGAGCGACUCUGACAGCACUGAAAUAGAUCUAGACAGUUCAAUUUUCCUGCAGGAAGUUGUGGGAUGGCAGCCAAUAGACCAUGAACAACCAAGCAGCCAUUCCGUAAAAAAGGUUCAAGACCAGAAAAACAAGCAGUACUUAGAAAAAGCUCAAGCUAGGAGUGAAGAGAACUUGAGAAACACAAGCAAUGAAGUUAGUAACAUAAAGUCAAGGUUGAUAAAAUACAACUACAUAACCAGACAGAAAGACAAAGAAAUCCAGAGACUCAAAAGUGAACUGGAGCGCCAAUAUGAAAAAGAGUGAGUUUUCACAGCAUGACAGUUUUUUAUUAGAAGACUUUUCACAGUGUCAACUUUGUAUUGUGGCUUUCUUCAAUUGUCAUAAAAAUCAGUGAAUUCUGUUAAUUCUAGAUUUGAAAUUUUGUAAAU